UUAACCGCAUUGCGAGCAGGAGCGCUUUUCCAUUUUCUAAACGUGUGAUAUUUUAACGGUGCAUUUUUCAUAUCACUUUUGAUAUCAGUGCUGGAUAAUUAGUGGAAAUAUAUUUAGUUAGUUGGCUGUACUCCAGAGAGUGGAAGAAAGUGUCACACGCUGAAGUGUCGUUAGCUAGCGUAUCUUAAGGAAUAUUUCACCUUAAUCGGCUGCUGAACAAUGACAACCUACACCGAUAAGGGUCCCAAGCCGGACGGCGGGAAGUUUCUCUGCUUCGACCACAUCACUUUCUACGUAGGCAAUGCAAAGCAAGCGGCCAGCUACUACACUACCCGGAUGGGUUUCGUCGAGCUUGCCUACCAAGGGCUGGAAACCAACAGUCGGCAGCUAGCCAAAUACGCGGUGCGACAAAACAAAAUCGUUUUCGUGUUCGUAUCUUCCUAUGAACCGGGCAACGAAGAGUUGGGAGCCCAUCUGGUUUGCCACGGGGACGGUGUAAAGGAUGUCGCCUUCGAAGUUCAGGAUCUGGACGUCAUUGUAAAGCGCGCGCUGCAGCGUGGCGCCGUAAUGGUUCGUGAUACCUGGGAGGAGACAGAUGAGUUCGGAACGGUUCGAUUCGCUACUGUAAAAACUUACGGCGAUACGCAGCAUACGUUUGUCGAUCGGAAGAACUACAAAGGACUGUUCUUGCCCGGCUGGAAACCUCCGAUGUACGAUGAUGUGCUGGCGAAGGCAUUGCCUCCGGUUGAUUUGGAUUUCAUCGAUCACGUGGUGGGAAACCAACCUGAUCUUCAGAUGGAAUCAGUUGCCAGUUGGUACGAGAAGGUGCUUAUGUUCCAUAGAUUCUGGUCCGUCGAUGAUAGCCAAAUUCAUACCGAAUACUCCGCGCUACGUUCGAUCGUAAUGACGAACUAUGAGGAGACCGUAAAGAUGCCUAUCAAUGAGCCCGCGAACGGCAAGAAGAAAUCCCAAAUUGAAGAGUAUGUGAAUUACUACGGCGGAGCGGGAGUUCAACAUAUCGCGUUGAAUACGAGCGACAUUAUAAAAUCGAUUCAAAAUCUGCGCGCGAGAGGAAUGCACUUUUUGUCCGUUCCGGAUACGUACUAUGAUCAGCUGCGGGAGCGACUGAAGAGCAGUGGUGUUAAAAUUAAGGAAGACAUGGAUGUGCUGCAGAAGCUGAACAUUCUGAUCGAUUACGACGAAAAUGGUUAUCUCCUGCAAAUAUUCACCAAGAACAUGCAAGAUCGUCCGACACUUUUCCUGGAGGUUAUACAGCGACAUAAUCAUAAUGGUUUUGGGGCAGGCAAUUUCAAAGCAUUGUUUGAGGCAAUCGAAGCGGAUCAGGAGAAGCGAGGAAAUCUGUAAUUGAUUGCUUCCAAUUGCCUCUGGUGGUAUAAAAUGAGAUAAGUUAAGGAACGAUUGUUUUGGAUUUGAUUUAUUUAGUCAUUGAUGUUAUGAUGUAUAUACAACAUGUGUCCUAAUUGUAUUUAUCUUC